AUGCUGCACGGUCGUGUCGAACCGCAACUGAAGAAAAAUCACAUCGACUACGACGUCAUCAUUACCAGUGGCCCGAAUCACGCAAAAUCGGUGGUUCGAUCAAGAGAUGACCUUGGCAAGUACAAUGGUGUGAUCAUUCUAUCGGGCGACGGCCUCGUGUUCGAGAAGAGGGAUAACUUCCAGUCCAUUCUUAAGCUGAGGGCG